CUAAAAUCAAAACCAUAAUAUUACAAAUUGUAAGGUUAGUGUUCACAAUUAUAUGUCUAUCUAUAGCAGAUAUUUGUAAAAUAUACUUAUCUAUGAAUAAUAUAAAUUAUAAACAUAAACGAAAUGAAUUUAUGUUCGAAUAAUUCAUAUGCUAAUGGUUUGAAUUAUGUAGGUUUCAACCAAGAUCAUGGUUGUUUUGCUUGCGCUACAUCUACCGGCUUUAGAAUAUAUAACUGUGAUCCAUUAAAGGAAAAAGAAAGACAAGACUUUGAAAAUGGUGGUCUCAGUUUUGUUGAAAUGUUAUUCAGAUGUAACUAUCUGGCAUUGGUUGGUGGUGGUUCACGGCCCCUUUGUCCCACAAACAAAGUCAUGGUAUGGGAUGACAUAAAAAAGAGUUCAGCAAUUUCAUUGGACUUUAAUGCUCCAGUGUUGGCAGUUAGAUUAAGGAGAGAUAGAAUAGUUGUAGUUUUAGAAGGUGUCAUCAAAGUGUAUACAUUCACUCAAAGUCCUCAGCAACUUCAUGUAUUUGAAACUAGUUCAAAUCCUAAAGGGUUGUGUGUCCUUUGUCCCAACAGCAACAAUUCUAUAUUAGCCUUUCCUGGUAGGAAAACUGGCCAUGUACAACUGGUAGAUUUAGCGAAAACUGAAAAAUCUCCAUUGGAUAUAGUGGCCCAUGAGGCUAAUCUCAGUUGUGUUUCAUUGAAUCAACAAGGAACUCUUUUAGCAACUGCUAGUGAGAAAGGUACUCUUAUAAGAGUGUUUAAUACACAGAAUGGACAAAAAGUUAAUGAAUUGAGGAGAGGGAGCAAUCAGGCAAUGAUAUACUGUAUCAACUUUAACAAAAGUUCAACAUCAUUAUGUGUAUCAUCAGAUCAUGGAACUGUGCAUGUUUUUGCAUUGGGUGAUCAAAAAUUAAACAAGCAGUCACCAUUAGCUAAUUCUAUGUUUUUGCCAAAAUAUUUCUCAUCCACAUGGUCGUUUUGCAAAUUUUCUGUACCAAAUGGUCCUCCAUGCAUUUGUGCUUUUGGUACAGACGAUAAUUCCGUAAUUGUGAUUUGUGGUGAUGGCUGCUACUAUAAAUUUGUUUUUAAUUUAAAGGGGGAGUAUGUAAGAGAAACAUGUGCCCAAUUUUUAGACAUGACUGAUGAUAGUUUGUAAAUUUUAUAGUGCUAAGUACAGAUUUAUUUUUUUAUUAUAAAUAUUUAGCCAUUACUUAACCUUUAUUUUAUUUUAUUUUAUUUUUGAACAAUGUUUUAUGCAAAAGUUAUAACAUUUUCAAAUAUUAAAAAAAGCACAUGUGAAAAAUUAUUUAUUUUGUAAAUAAUUUUAUGUAAUAAUUCUACUGCUGAAUGAAAUCAACGAGAUUAUAGCAUAGUAAAAUUAUAAACGCUUAAUAAUGAAUGCAGAUGUCAUUGAUUUAUUGUUAUUAUAAUAUUAUAUAUUAUAAAACAAUACUGUAUAAUGAAUCAAUGUUAAGAAUUGAUAAGAGACUGUAAAUAAAAAAUAUAAAACUUG